AUGGCUCAAAUUCUACUCAAUGAGUCAAGUUCAUACGUACGACUCGCUCUUCGUGUGUACUUCAACAUAACCUUACCUUUGGCAGCAGCCAUUGGAGACCAAUGUUGUCGAAGAAGAUCCCAACUCCAAAUGAUGAAAAAGAAUACCGUGGAUGCAACACAGACCACUGGAUGGCUUCGGGGAACAAGUGCGGCAUAUGUCAUCUAUUCAAUGAGACGCAGUCCCGCCGGCUUUUUGGGUGUUAUCAUGAUUUUGGCAAGUCUUCUCUGGUUUGCAGCCGAUCUUGUGGUGAGCACGUUGGUGAUGCCGGUCAUGGUCGUCGACAGAUGCCCUUUCAACACCACCAACAAUUAUAUGGUCCCAUACAUUAAACAAAGUGGCUUCGGCCCCAUGGCACCUUCAAAUUUAGGUGCGCUAUGGGACACAAUUACCAGGGCCACAUUCACGAGUCAAUCCAAUGGUGGACUGACCGGCAUCUUCAAGAAGGCCAACGGCGAGCUGAACUUUCGCGCAGAUGCUGAUGAUAUUAUUGGACGAUGGAAUUGUACACAAGACGGAAAGGAUGUGCAAUAUAACGUUCGAGUGGAUCCGAAUGCCAUCUUUGAUGACCUUGUCUCCCGAAACCAGCUCUUUGGAAAUUAUUCGGGCUGCGAAACCAGUUACAUUGGCAAAAACUGGUAUACUCAGGUCAUGGCAACAUCGAGUUCAGUAGGUGACUGGUCGCAAGAGCUUAGCGGUCUCACUCCCGACGAGAUUAUCAACAGCCCGAUAUCUCAUCCUUGGGAUGUUCGAGCGGCUGUAGACAUGUCGCCCAAUGCCACAGAUGAAAAGCUGAUGCGAACAUUUCUUUGCACGCUUGAUGCACCCUCAUUGGAGUAUCAACUUGGCAAAAUUCAGGCCAUCACAACAUUGACCACAUAUUGCAACAACUUCAGAGCAAGUAUCUAUCAAUAUUUCACUGAUAAUGUACCUAUGCCACUCGAUCCAGGAGUGGAAAUUGCUUCGAUUCUUGACAUCAUCGUGAUGAUGUCAGUUGCAUAUCAGGCAGGGAACAACAACCCACCUCCAGAGAUCCCCGACUUGACUCAAGGAUGUCUUGCAACGAAGACAAGAAUUCCGGCUGCGGCCAUCUUGAUAUUCAUCCUUGCCACGGUCUUCACCAUCGGCCUGACGCUAUAUCUGGCGGUAUUAUUGAUUUGUCUAAGGACAUUACGACAGCGUGAGGCCGUUCGAUACGAACUCGUCGUUGAUAACACGCCGAAUGGUUUGUUGGAUUGGAUUCGACAGGCAGUGAUCACGACUGGAGAGGUCGCACCCACCAUCACACACCCAGGCCUCAAAAACUGGAGCCUUACACCGUCAUACAACUAUCAGUGCCUCCAACUUAUGCAGACGGACACAGAACCAGAAUACCAGCCCGUGAGAAGCCAAUUGAGAGAUCAAAGUUCAACAAAAGCCCAAGACUCAAAUCUGAGUUCCCUCGGUCCAGCCCAGCUACCAAAGGCGAUGAGCGAGAUUGGCACUUCGCUUAGCCUCUCCUCACCUGGCCCAUGGCAGAAGGGAGAGCAUUGGAUCUCAGCAGCACAAACGAGACCGACCUAG